AUGCCUAUGAUACAGCAUGCUGCAUCAUACGAGCUAUACCGAAAGCUGAGCGCAUUGAGAGACGGGGAUUGCGAGGUGGAGGCAGCAAGCGAUCGAUUGCAAGUUCUACGAAAUAAGAUCUUGAAAGAGCUGAAGUUAGCCCAUGAGAGAAGCGAGAAGGUUUAUAAUACGAGGAGUAGGGAUGUUAAGUUUCAAAUUGGAGAAGUGGUAUAUCGCCGAAACUUUAAACAAAGCUCACAAGUAGAAAAUUACAACGCCAAGUUAGCGCCAAAGCAGGUUAAAUGUAUAGUAUUAAAGGCUAUAGGCAAUUCCAUGUAUGAGCUUGGCGAUAGUAGUGGGAAAAAGAUCGGCAUAUACCACGCUAAAGAUAUUUUUGCUAG